AUGGCCGCCACGAGAUCCCUUGCUAGAAUCAGCAUUGGAGCACCCGCUCUUAUUCGCGCAUGCUCCAUCCGCACCCAGCCCAUCCGCUUGGUGCGUCCAUUUUCUAGCACACUUGCUCAGCUCAAUAGCAAGCCUACGAUCAGACCCGUUCGCAAUGUACGUCCUGCUGAUGCUGGACCUGCUGCUGGCAGCAACAAUCAGCAACAGCAGCCGCCCAAAUCCAACCGCAAGAUCAAGCUGCUGAUUCUCCUGGGUACUCUGGCCGGUGCCACCACUUUAUUGCGCAUGUACUUUGGUCAAGAUGACUUGCCUGAACCUUCGAUUGACUCUCAAUUCACUCCCACCACAAUGGCUGGAACUACCUCAAAGCGCGCUUUUACUUCCUCUGAAGCCUCUGUUAUUUUUGUGCUUGGUGGCCCUGGUGCCGGCAAGGGUACCCAAUGCGCCAAACUUGUUGAAGAUUAUGGAUUUGUCCACCUUUCUGCCGGCGACCUUUUGCGUGCCGAGCAGGCCCGUCCCGGGUCGCAAUAUGGCCAGUUGAUUGCUGAUUACAUCAAGUCUGGCCAGAUUGUGCCGCAGGAAAUUACUAUUGCGUUGCUGGAAAACGCCAUGCGUGAAAGCAUUGAGCUACAGCACAAGCAUAAGUUCCUGAUUGACGGGUUCCCCCGCAAAAUGGACCAGGCCCUCAAGUUUGAAGAGACUGUUGCCGACAGUAAGCUGAUUUUAUUUUUGGAUGCCUCUGAAGAAAUUAUGCUCCAGCGCCUGCUCAAGCGUGGAGAAACAAGUGGCCGCUCUGACGACAAUAUUGAGUCCAUCAAGAAGCGUUUCAAGACUUUCCGUGACACAAGUAUGCCUGUUGUUGAGUACUACGAAAAGCUUGACAAGGUGGCUACUGUGCCCACAGCCAAGCCUGUGGACGAGGUCUACGCUGACGUCAAGACUGCUCUUAAAAAGUACAAAAUUAUUGAGUAA